AUGGAAGUUGUGUCGAAAGACACUGUGGCCGACAUUCUGAAGAUCAAUUUUGUCGGCGUCGCCUCCAACCAGAACCGUGUUCGACCAAUUGGCCCUCUAGACUAUGAUUCCCGCUGUGAACGACGGAGAGUGUGUUGGAGACAGAAAUCGGUGGAGAGUGUGUUGGAGACAGAAAUCGGCGGCGGUUGCGGUGAGGUUGGAGACGAUGGAGGUCGGCAAUUGGAUAAUUCAUUUAGUGUAUCUGUGAUUCUCCGGUGGCCACUGAACGUGAGGGAGAGGACUGGUCGGGGUGGAUGUAUGACGACGGUGGAUGAGGAAUUGGAUGUGGAGCAAUAA